AAGAUGCAGGGCAGAGCAAACCGGAGUGUGUGUCUCUACAGACUGGAUGUCUGCAAUGUGGCCUUGGUCGACUAUCCUGUCCAGGCUCUGUCUAAAGCGCUGCGGACCAGCCGGCUCACAGUGCUACACCUUCAGCAUGUUCAGCUCAGCGGGAUGCCACUGUACACACUGGUUGGUGCCCUGAAGACAAACCGGGCGCUGCGAGAGCUACACCUUGCUAAUAACCUGUUGAACAGCUACCAGGAUGCCCUUCAUCUGAGAGACCUACUACGGUUCAACAGUACUCUGCAGACACUGGAGCUCAGCAACAAUGCUGUAGCAGAUGCUGGUUUGGAGGAGCUGUGCGACGGUCUGAGGUGGCAGAAAGGAGGUCUCAAGGUCUUACUGCUGAGGAAUAACCAGAUUACUGUAAAAGGCAUGGACUAUCUGGCUAAAACUCUGCCGGUGCUGAAGGUCCUGCAGGUCCUGGAUUUGGGUGAGAAUCUGUUGGGGAACGAGGGGAUCCAGAUCAUCAGGGAACCUCUCAUGGUCAACAGCUCAGUGCUGCAGCUUGGCCUGGCCCAAGCCAGCAUCACCUGUGAAGGUGCCGUGGCGCUUGCUGAGUUCCUUGCUGAGAGUCGUCAGAUUCAGAGGCUGGACCUCCGUCACAAUGAGGUGAAAGUGGGAGGCCUGAUGGCCCUGAGUCUGGCCUUGAAAAUCAACCGUUCUCUUUGUAGUCUAGAUGUGGACCACAUACCCCAACAGGAGCAGACAGACACUGUCGAGGCUGUCUUUCUAUGGUCUUAG